AUGGAAAAAGUGAUGAAAAAUUGUCCAAAAAUACUACAAUUAGGUUCACUUUAUUUCAAAGACUCGGAUGACUUGAAUAAACAGGGUAAACCAAUGGUCAGGUGUGAAGAUAGUGUAGAUAUUGAACAAUUGGUUCGCGAAGUCGUACACAAAGAGUGGUCGCUAAGGAAUCCGAAGAUAGUGGUCAUUGUUUUGUCAAAUUGCGGACCAAUUCAUAACUGGAAGAAUAAACAACAGAUCAGAGCCUUUCAAAAGGGUUUAAUGAAUGCCGCCGAAAAUACCAAUAUGUGGUUAAUUACUAACGGCAUAGAUAUCGGCGCUACGGCUAUCAUUGGCGACGCCGUACACGACUAUACUACCGAAAUCAAGUACAAGAUGGCCAUCAAUAGCGAAAAAUCGUUUGCAAAAUCAAACUUUAUUGGUAUUGUCAACGAAGAUAAUCUGAAAUAUUUGCAAACAAUUACCACAAGCGCUCAGCCAAGAAUAACAAUAACCAGCGGUGGUAUCAACCGAAGCAACAAUUCAAAGAAAAAGUAUGAAUUGCAGCCAUAUUUGAGUCAUUAUAUACUGAUUAAAGACAAAUCGGAGGACAAGUGCGGUGUUAAUGAGUUUAUCAAUAAGUUUAUAUCGUUUUUGUCGCUCAACCAAAAACAUCUUCAGAGUGGCGGCGGCGGCGGUGGUGGUAGUGGACAGGUAUUAGAUCCGGAUCUGUGUUCGAUAGAGACCAGCGAAGUACCAGUCGUUUCCAUACUGAUGAACGGCGGCUACGAGUGCGCCCGUCUUGUGUUGAAUCACAUCCGACAGGAACUGCCGGUAGUUGUGUUGCGCGGAACUGGAGGUUUGGCCGAUUUGCUAGCUUUCGCCGACAUCGAGACACGCGAUCGGUGUAUGAAUGUCUGGAAUACAGAGUUUGUCGAAACCUAUCUGAAACCGGAGCUAACCCUACGUAUCGGCGAAACGUUUGGCAAUUUGCGGGACAAUCGGGUACUGUUGAAAACAUUUCGCCACCGAAUACUGGAAUCGAUUCGUCUGAGUCGUCAGCCGAACGGCCAAAACUAUAUGACAAUUAUCAAUAUGUUUGACACUUAUUCGUGUAAUUUGGAAAAUCUUACCGAAUAUCUACUGUCGGCACUGUUUCGGUCGCAACGAAACGAUAGUACAUCGGAUACGGUCGACGAUAUCAAUAGUGAAACCGAUGGACAACAACAACAACAACAACAAUCGGCUGACAGACAUCAGAUGACGGCUGAAGAAUCGGCUGCACUCAUACACAAAGACUUGCAAUUGUGUAUCGACUGGAACUGUCCGGAAGUAGCCCGCAGUCAAGUACUGACCAAAGAUCCCACGUAUUCACUCAACAACGAGAAGUCGCUGUUCGAAGAGUCGCUGAUCCGAAGUAAUCGAUGGAAAUUUGUCGAUCUAUUUCUGUCGCAGAAAUUCAAAUUACGAUCGUUUGUUAGACCGAAAACAUUGAUCCAAAUGUUUCGAUCGAUUCAUGCGAAAGACUUUUUCCAGACAGUCUGUUGGGAAGCAAUUCUCGGCCGAAGUGUCGACCAGCGACAGGACGAUAGCGAAAAUUUUUUGAGCCGUGAGUUCAACUAUUUGGUCAGUGUUUGUUGCGGUGUCGACCGAUUUGUUACCCAAGAGGAACUGGAUCUGUUUGUUACUGAACAAUAUCCGCAGGAAAGCGAACGCGAAGCCGAACGUAAGGCAUUGGAAAUUGUAGUCUUGUGGGCGGUUAUGGACUUUCGUAAGAAAUUGGUUCACAUUUUGUGGCGAUAUUCCGACCAACCGAUACAUUUGGCACUGAUUAUAGCCCUGUCCUACAAACGGAUGUCCUGGUUUGUUGGCGGCGGCGAUCAACAGCUAUGCGAUCAACUGCUGGAAGAAUCGCAGAUAUUCAUCGACUAUGCCAUCAGUGUAUUGGAUUUGGUCUACAAAGACAGUGCCGUACGAGCCGAACGAAUUCUAGUGGAGUCGUCGCGCGACUGGAAUUCGCGGACAGCCUUGGAUUUGGCGGCUUUCGGUAAAUUCAAAACGUUUUUCAUUCAUCCGUCGUGUCAGCGACGUCUGACCAAUCAGAUCUACGGUCAUAUUGCCGUCCGAGAAGUCCGGAUCGGUAUCUUUCGGUUGCCAUCGAUGUUCAAACUGCUGACAUCAGCCUAUCUGGUAUUGCCGGCAUACUUCUGGAUCAGGGUUGUCAACAACAACAACAGCAAACCUGACGCCACUGUAUUUCAUCAUCAAUCGGAUGAUGGAUCAGCUAAUGACGAUAAUAAAAGUCCAGCAAUGAAGAAGAAGAUGAAGAGACCACAGCCGCCGCCGCCACCGCUUCCCAAGAAAAUACCUAAUAUUAGUGAAGAAAAUCAACGAUCAUUAUCAUCGCCGCCACCUCGACCACUGUACAAGACGUACCAAUCAUCGACACCGUUGAUGACCAUCAUGUACUACACCUGGACGGCACCGAUAACCAAAUUCUGGAACUACCAGUUUUUCUAUACAUUCUAUUUAUCCAUCUUCAGCGUAGCCGUACUGUAUCCGCGAUGCGGACACUUCUAUCUGGAUCUGGUGGUCAGUGUGUGGACAGCCUUGAUUGUUGUCGACCAAUGUCGGCAAACCUAUCUGAUUGGCCAACGAAAUGCCAACUACUAUAACAAUAAGUCCCGAGUUUGCGAAAUGAUAUUUCAGUCGACAUUUCUCAUGUAUUAUAUCAGAGGUCGACUGAUCUACUGGUAUACAACUACCGAUGCCUAUACCGAAAAAGUAAUGAUGUGUUUGGCACUAUUGCACGCCUACUAUGUACUGUUUACCGUAUUCCUGCCGAUAUCGGCCACUCUCGGGCCACUACUCUAUCGGUUGAAAAUCAUGUUAUUCGUCGACUUCUUAAACUUUAUCCGACUAUCGAUACUCGUUAUGAUUAGCUUCGGUGUUGUACUUCAGUCGCUAUUAUAUCCCGAUUUGUCCAUCAAUUAUGAACUAUUUAGGCGAACAUUUCACAGAGCAUUCUUCACCCUAUUCUCCAACUAUGUCCGCGAACUCGAGGUUGACAUGAAUUGCGAAGAAAACAAUCGAUGGGAUCAACAACAACAACAACAACAAGACAGUCAUCAUCAGCAGCAACAGCAGCAGACAUGUACGGCCAGUAUAUACAACACUGAGGAAUGUCGGGUAACUGGUUUGUGGCCAUACUUUUUCGGUAUGGGUUAUCUGGUAUUGUUGAAAGUUAUACUGAUGACACUGCUAUCGGCCAUAUUUGCGGCCAGCGCUGUCAAACAUACGACCGAUAUGGACAGCAUAUGGAAAAGUCAACGAUACGGACUGGUCAUUGAUUUUGUUACCCGAGCACCGUUGCCGCCGCCGUUGAAUAUCUUCUACUAUAUCUAUUGGAUUUGUCGACGAUUUUGUUGUAUCUGUUAUUAUGGCUAUUGUUGUUGUUGUUGUUGUUGUGAUAAACAAAACAAAGUUAGACUGAAUAAAACUGAAGAUCAUAUGAAAUUGGUUACCGAUGAAGACUAUGCCUAUCUGAAGAUAUUGGCCACACAGGUAUACGAUGAUAAACAAUUGAAAGACAAUGAACACAAUUUGUGUACAAAACAAUGGGAAAUGACGAAAGCCAUGAGCGAAGAACUGGAAUACCAGAGACGACAACUACGGAAACUGAUGGGCCGGACAUCGGAAAUGGAAAGAUCUAUUCAGCAGUCGUUUGUCUUAUUGGAAUCACUGAAACAUUUGUCGACAACUAGUAGGUCAUCGUCGGCGUCGGUGUCUGAGUUGUGUCGGCAACAAAAACUUCACGUACUAUCCAGACAUUCGCCAUAUCCGGGAACAGAUGUCCAUCGAUAUCCGGUUCCCGAUAAAUAUGUUUCGUGGCAUGUGUUGUGGUGCGACUACGAUCCGAUUGCCUACAGUAAACCCCGUUCGGAAAUGCGGCCAACGGUACGCGACUGGACCGACACCAAUAUCCUAGCCCUGAAAGAGUCAAAUUUUGAAAAACCUGAACACUUGAGCCGAAAGCUACCGGUUUUCCAAUGGAAUCAGCAGACAGUUUCCGGAGCCGGUGUUUGCAUUGAUCGUCAAUCGUGGCAUCGGUUGAACAACAAUCAGUCGAUUAUCUAUAAACUGGAAGACAAUGUCAUACCGAUUAAUCCGUUUGGUAGGACUGGACUGAGAGGUCGCGGAUCGUUGUUAAGAUGGGGACCCAAUCAUUAUGUUAUGACAGUUAUUACCCGUAAGAAAUUUGAAUCAUUGGAAGUAAUGGUCGAAGUAAUGGAUCCCAAGAACAACAACAACAACAACAACAACACUAACAAUCAAAAUAAUAAUAAUAAUGUAUCACUUAUUGAACGAUUCAUAUCAGGCGAUCUUCAAUACGGUGGCAUUGAAUCCAUGUUUAAGAUUGAUAACGAAAAACUAAGGAAUUGGACCAAAUCGGAGACAAUGAUUGAAUGGUUCGGUUCGUUGGAUGAAAAACAGGGACAACAAUCACAACCAUCACUACCACCACAACAGCAAAAGACUUUUCGUUCUGAACAACUGAUGAGAGGCUAUUUCGAUGAUCCGUUGAAUACGGACAAUGCUUGGAAGGAACUGGAGUUAUGGCACAUACACUAUAGCCAUCACAAUAUCAAUAUCAAUGAUCAUAUGAGUGAUUCGGUCGAUUGGCGAGAUGUUAGCGAAAAUCUUUUCUAUUGUCUAUCGUUGAGCCACUCGAAGGUUAUUCAAGAUAUUAUCGAUAAACUUGAUGUCGGUAUCCGUUGUUAA